UCCGCCAAAAUAACACUUUUACGAACGAUAUCUGCGAAGCUAAUUAGCAGGUCACAUGGAGCCUCAUCAGAUACUUGCCAAUGAAAAUUUCUCUUUAUAGUUUCUCUAUAACAAAAUUUCCCAUUUCUUCAAACCCUAAAAUUGGGAAUUUCAGCAAUCUCCCAACAGACAUUGUCCUAGACAUCAUCACUCGCUUACCAACGGAAUCCAUACUAGAUUGCAAGUUGGUUUGCGAGCCCUGGAAAUAUCUAGUUUCUCAGCACCCAUCGUUCUAUCAAACGUAUUUAACUCAUCUUAAUCACUCUACUGCUGAUUCUGGUAAGCUGAACUUUCUUGUUUUUUCUAUGCAUACCUGUAAACUUUACCAUUUUGAUCUUGAUGAGAAACAUGAUGAUGAGGAGACACCUACACAUAGAACUAGAAGGAUCAAUUUUACACUUCCAUUUGUAUGUCAUAUUUGUAGGAUUAUUGGUUCGAUUAAUGGCUUAGUCUGUCUUUAUGGAGGCAAUGAUGAGACUGUUUGUGUUUGUAACCCUUUUACCAGAGAAUAUGUUAUGCUUCCAAAAAUUUAUCGCAAAGAUCACUAUGUUUAUUGGUCUUGCGGAUUUGGUUACCUUCCUGCAACUAAUGAGUAUAAAGUUGUUGUAUUGAAUACGUUAAUGGGUGGAUUUGAUUUUAUGGAGGUUGUGGUAUACACUCUUGGCAGUGGCAAUGGGUGGAGAACUGUUGAGACGCUGGAUAUUCAUUUGGCCAAGGUUUAUAUUGAAUUCGAACGUGGUGUCUUUGUGAAUGGAGCUGUGCAUUGGAGGGAUAGACUAGGAGGAAAGGUUUUGGCAUUUGAUUUGACCAAGGAGAAGUUUAGUGGACUUCUUUCACCACCUCCUUGUCCAUCAAUCUUACGGGAGCCUUCUGGUAUUGGUAUAGGGGUGUUUGGCGGGGUUUUAUAUUAUGCUACCAGUCAACGCAGAUGGUGUGACAUAUGGCUGCUGAAAAAGAAGACGGAUAUUGGUGAUAUGGAAGAGCAGGUGGAACACGAGCCAUUGGAUUGGAGUAAAGAGUUCAGUCUUCCAUGUUCUCCAAGAAUCGAUGAGCCAUUAGCCUUUACCAAGACUGGCAGUGUUUUAUAUUUCAGUCCUAGGUCUAUCCGCAUUUACGAUGCUGUAGCUUCAACGCCGAAAACACUUGUGGAUUUUACUCGUUUAAGUUUAUUUAAUCGAAUAUUCCCUCACAAAGUCACCUUAUUAUCGUUGAAAGAACUAGGAGAAGAAAAUGUGCAAGUAAUGCAGCCAGCUGCAAUUGAGGAGGCAGGAACCCUUGAUUUGGCGUCAAAGCACCUAGCAAGAUGAGAUCCCUGGAUACACUUAUUAAUUGCAUUUCUGGUCAUACCGACUCAUUCUGGAAAGAAGUAGAUACAGGAGCUGUAGGUCAAGGAUGCCAGGAUUGCCGCUUUCUGGAAUGUUUCUGCUGGUUGUGGUUGCAAGAUGCCAGGAAGAGGAUUUACUUGUACUGCUUACUGUGUCUGAUAAUCACACCUUACCACCGAGUACUUUAAAACAACUUGCCGAUCUUCAAUAGAUUUUUACGUUGAUG